CCUCCUCUCCAUGGUAAAGGGGAGUUGAACAUGAGGAGCGGCUGCAGUGAAACUUCGUUCUCCAGCUGCAGACCCGUUUUCUGCAGAUCAACAUGACGGAAACUCACAGAGUGACAGGACCGAGCAGAAGGAGAUGGGGCAUUCCACAGCGGGGUGUGGCUGAUGGGAGCAAAGCCAGCGUCCAAUCAGCUGAUCCCGAUGAUCACAGACGUCUGGUGGUCCCGUUCAGAGGUCCGAUCUCAGGUGGGCUGCAGCCGGGGAGGAAGGUGGUGCUGGUGGGCGUGGUCCACUCUCGCCCUGACAGGUUCUACGUGGCCCUGACAUGUGGCCGCGGGACGUCCGGGGCGCCGCCGCCCGACGUGGCCCUGGAGCUCUGCGUUCGAUUCCCAGACCGACAAGUCCUGCGGCGGGCGUGUGUGUCGGGGUCCUGGGGAGACGUCGACACAUCGGUUCCCUUCUUCCCCUUCAUCCGAGAGCAGCCGUUCAAGAUGGAGAUCCGGUGCGAGCGGAGCCGGUUCCGUGUCUUUGUGGACGGACAGAAGCUGUUUGACUUUCACCACAGACUCACGGCGCUCGGCGAGGUGGACACGCUGUGGAUCAAAGGUCACGUCAGCGUCACCAAACUGGCGUGAGUGGGCGUCGCUGUCGAACACGAUCGUCCGCUUGGGCCACGAACGACCAGGACGCGUCAUCUGAUGGUUCACACGGAGCGAAGCUUAUGAAAGUGACUGAGUUUAUUUACUUUAUUACAUUUAUCUGAAGGUUUAGUUUCCUUACAAACUGAGAUUUAUACACAGAAAACAAAAUAACCUA